AUGUUGCUCGAGUCAAAUCAUAUUAAUAUUCUAUUAUCAUUUGUACGUUCAAUUUCAAAAUCAAAUGAUCCCGAUCAAUUAUUAUCACAUAAUAAACGUUCUUCACUCUUACUUAAUUUCUUAUUAAAACAAAUUCGUGAUCAUACAGAGUCUGAUCAGAAACUUUUAAUUGAUCAACGUUUAGAAAAUACUAUUAUUGCUUUAGCUUAUUUAGCUGUUGAACUUAAUGAUAGAUGCAAAAUUCGUCAAGAUAUUAUCACAGUUUUACUUGAUUUUUAUCAGAGAAUACCAACAGCAAAAUAUUAUGAACUUGCUUCAUAUAAUUAUAAAUAUGCUUUACCUCCGGCAGAAGUAUUUAGUUUUUGUCUUCAUACAGCUUUAACCGAACUUGCAUCGACAUCAGAAGAUGCAAAAACAAGAGAUAAUAUUAUGUUUAUUAUUGCGGAUGUUAUUCGAAAGUUUGUUGAAAGUAUACGUAAAGCUGCAAAUAAUCAUGCAAAAGAGAGAUAUCAAUCGAUCUAUCGAUAUGAAGUACCAUUUUUAUUUGGAGCAUUAAGAUCAAUUGGAAGAAUAUCUGUAAACGAUCAAAGUCUAAUAUCUCAAUUAUUUCCAAUAAGUUUUAAUUCAUCAACACAAUCAAUUUAUAUUGAACAAAAAGAAUCAACAAAUAAUUCAUUAAAUAAUGUUAAAAAUAGUACAAUUACAUUUCGUCCAAUUAUUUCGAAAGUUUUAUCAAGAAGUAUUCUUUCAUCAACUAAUGAUAAUAUACCUCAAUUAUUAUAUUCAAAUACUAAUAAUUCAAUACAUAAUGGAGAUCAACAUGAUUAUUCAUCAAAAUUUCGAUCUCUUUCGUCGGUAGAAAGUAGUGAUUUGGGCACCUCGAAAGAUGAUCUUCCAAUGGAUUCUUUAUUUUUUUCCGUCUCUGGUUCAAGUUAUCAUCAUCGUCGAAAGUCUUCAUCAUUAUCAAAUUUAACCUCCAGACGUUUUCGUAUUUGUGUUACCGUCCCUAUAAUAGAACAUAUACAUGAGACAUUUCAAUUAGUCGAUAAUCGUGUUGUUAGAUUUUUGGAUAAAGCAGCUAUUGUUGAAUAUGAUUCGGUUCAUCGUCAAAAUUCCUAUAAAUCCUAUUCAAAACGUUAUUUUCCUUAUACAUAUUUUGGUGAUGUUCUCAUCUUAUGUAUUAUUAAAUUCUUUCGUGAUAAUCUCGAAUUACUUAGUAAAUCUACUGAACGACUUUUAUCAAUGACAAAAGCUACUUAUUUAUUUGUGCAACAACUAAUAACAAUUAAAUUAUUGGAUUUAGAUAAUGAUGAAUAUAGAAAAGAUCCACACCGUUAUCGAACACGUGUAGAUGCUAAUGCAGCAGCAUUAGAACUACUUUGUUUAUCAUGCGAUGAUGAAAGUGAAGCUGAAAAAUUAUGUACAAAAUGUGCAGAAAAAUUCAGUCAAGAAACAAUAAGCAUAAAAUUAUUAGCUGCUCAAAUGCCAUUAUUAAUUACAUCAUUAGAAAUAUUAAGUCGAUUAGCAGACAAAUAUCAAUCAUUAGCAACAUAUUCUAUUCGAGUGUUAUGUGAUUUUUUAACUGAACCUUCACCAUUACUUUUUAAAUUAUAUCGACAUACAAGUCAGAAACUUGAUGAAGAAGAACAAAAUUCAUUCAUAACUGACGAUAUUAAAAGUUCGAAAGAAUAUCGAGCAUUUCAAAUAUUUGAAAAAUUACGAGAUUCAGCAAUUGAAGGAAUAUGCAAAUCAUUAUUUAUUCGUUUGAAUUCGGAUCCAAAAUGUGUUGAAGCUUUACUUACACAACUUUCAGCAAGACUUGCUUCAGGACCAAUUAAUGAUAAUUCCGAUUGGAUGUUUAAUAUUGUACUGCUUGAUGCAGCACCACUUAAACGUCGUACAUCAGUGCGACAAGAUAUUGAUAAAGAAAAAUAUGGAAAUCUAUUACAAACAUCAUUGGUUUCUCAUAAUACAAUUCUUACAUUGGGUCAUAUGGCAAUAGCUUUAAAAGAUGUUCAACAUACUCAACAAUCAAUUUUAGCUCGUUUUCAACAACGUCUUGGUGAUCCACCAUCACCACUUGAUAUUCUAAUUAUUAAUCAAAUUGGUUGUAUGCUUAUUUCUAGUCUUCCUCAAGCAACUUAUGAGGAAAUUAUCAGAUUAUUUACUGAGAUAAUUAUCAAUUCUACUUUUCCAAUCAAUGAUAGUACAAAUGAAUCAACAACUACAGGUCGACAUCCAGUAAAAUAUAAACAAGCAUCAAAUGCAGUAAUUAAUGCAUUAGCUAAUGUUGCUGCUAAUAUACAAGGAACAGUAGAAUUAAUGAAUCUCUUAACUAGUAUACUAGAAUUAUUUGUUCAACUUGGUUUACGAGCAAAAGAUGCAAGUGAAAAAUCAACGAAAAAUGCUUUAAAAGUUUCAAAUACAGCUGGUAGUCUUGGUGUAUUGAUACCAGUUAUUGCUGUUGUUAUGCAACGAAUUACUGUGAUAAGUGAUCCGUCCGAACGUGUUUUUCGUUUAUUUCAACGUUUUUGGUUUUAUUGUGUUUUAUAUGGAUUUGCUGACGCAGAAGGAGGUUUAUGGCCAACAGAAUGGCAUGAUUGUGUUAGAUUAAUUGCAACGAAAUCACCCACAUUAGUUUCUCAAAGUGUAUCCUAUGUACCAUUAAAGGCUGCAAUGCCAUUGAAACCCGAACAAAUUACGAAAGAAGAUAAUACUGGCUUAAAAUCUAAAUUGAAUGCUAUAUUUUCUACUUAUCUUAAUGCUAAAGCAUUUAUUGAUCGAUUUGGUUUUGAACAAAGUGCUUAUACACUUUCGGUUUAUUAUCUUGAAACAUAUCGAGUUCGUUAUUCACUUGUACCAUCGGCAUUUCAAUGUAUUUUUUCUUAUCUCGAAGAUCCAGGCUUAUGGACAUUGAUGACAGCAGUAGGAAGAAAAUGUUUUGAUAUAUAUGUUAAUGAAAUGAAAAACUUUCCAAAAAGUCCUGAACGAAAUAAAAAUCUUGAAGUUCAAUGUCAAUUUUUUAUGGUUAAACGAACACAUGUUCGAAAUGAAGUACGAGAAGAAGCUAAAUAUUAUCUACAUUCAUUAUUAUCACAAAAUGCUUUUCCAAAUUUAUUCUGUAAUUCAGUUAUAAUUGAAACUUUAAUGAAUAUUAUUGAUAUUCUAUCAUAUUCAUUAAAUGAAGAUAAUUUACAUAAAGUUAUUGCACAUCAUCGUGUACCAAAUACAAAUUAUACUGUUCAAUUUGUUGAUACUCAUGAGAAAAGAUUGGAACUUUUCAAUGCAUUUGUUGAUUUUGGUCGCAUGUUCACUGAACAAGCUUUAAUGAUAUCACAGACAUUAGUUAAAUCAUGCAUUCAACAAUAUAUGUUUAAACUUGAACAAGGAAAAAGAAAUUCAGAUGCUGUUCGUCAACAUAAAGGUUUACAUGUUAUGUGGGAAUAUUUAAGUACAUAUUCAAAAACAGUUGAUGUUAAUGGAGCAUCUAAUGGAAAUAAAUUGUACUAUCGAACAGAUUUUGCUGAUUAUAUGAUAUCAUUAAGUGAACGAAAUGCAGCCGUUGGAUUUGUUGAAGGACUUGAUCGUAAUGAUUAUCGAACAGCAUUAAAACAAGUAAAAGAUGACAUGGAAAAUGCAAUUUAUAAUCGAUUGAGUUCACUUGAUAAAUAUAAAUCAUUACAACAACGUCGUCGUCGAAUGUCAAUUGUUGCACCUGUUAAUGAUAAAGGUAUUGCGUUGGAUUUUGAAGAACGAAUUGCUAUUUUUGAUAGUAAUUUUCGUAAUGGACUUUUUAAAUUAACAGCAAUGUUAAUUCAUAAUAUGGACUAUUUAGAUGACAAUGAAAAUGAAAUGAGAUUUACAACAAUGGGUAAUAGACCUCAUGGAACUGAUACACCAAAAGAAAAUGUCCUUGAUCGAGAUAUGGUUCAUGCAUUAACAUGGUUACCAGUAAAAAUGUUUACAACAUCUGUUAUGGAAGCUGCUGUCGAUUGUUGGUCUUGGGCAAUAGUUGGUCGACCUGAACUUGAAUUAUUAAUUGUUGAAGAGAUAUAUAAAGUUUGGGAGAAAGUUAUUAGUGAUCGUCAAGGUUUAUAUUCAAUUGAUAAACCAGAACCGUCUCCACUUGCACCAUCAGAAAAAGAAGAACUAAAACCAAAACCACCAUCUGUUAAUCCACAUCGAAUAUUUUUUAAAUUUAUUGAAGAACGUGUUUAUUUAUGUAUGCAUAAAGCCGAUAUUGAAAUGGAAAUGCUUGUUGAUUUAUUACAUAAAUCUCUUUCAUUAAUAUUAGAAAAUCCAAGAGCACCAAUGACAAAACAUAUUAGUGCUGUUGGUCUUAGAUUUCGACUUUUAUAUCUUACACUUUAUCUAGUACAAAGUGAUUAUUUAGCUAAUGGUAUAAGUAAAUAUUUACUUCGAGAAAAAGUUUAUCAUACAGCAUUUGAUUAUUUUACUGUUCGUCAUCAUUGUCCAACUCAAUCACAAAAUGAAUUAAGAAAUGAUAUUCGUAAAUUAAUUCGAUUUUUUUCAUUAGUUCAUGGCGAAAAAAAAUUUUGUAAUGAUUCAACAACAACAGUUGAUAUAGAAAAUGUAUUAUCAAAUGGAAACUAUAUUAAUGAUGCAAGUGAUGGUUCAUCAAGAACUGGAGCACCAACAGGAUGGAUUAAUUCAUUAGCUGGUGGUGGUGGAGUUGUGGCAGGAGUUGGUGGACAAUCCACUCUUAGUCGAAAAUCUGCUGGAUCAGCAAAACAUACUGAUAAAACCCAAGGUACACGAAUAUUAUCUCGAGAUUUACUCAAAAAACGUAAUCUUCUUCUUGCAUUACUUGCUUAUGAAAUUGAACGUUUGGAAACUUUUCAUAAUCCUUUGGGACGUGCUGAUCUUCAAAUUGAUCAAAACACACAAUCAACAUAUAGAAAUUGGAAAUUAUAUGAUAUGAAUGCAUUUUCAAAUAAAGCAUGGCGAGAAUAUGGACGUCUAGCUUGGUCUAUUUCAUCUGAUUUAGCUAUUAGUUUUUAUUAUGCUAUUCCAAAAGACUCACUACGUAAUGAAAUUCAACAACUUGUUAAAUCUAAUCCAUUACAAGUUCGACAUAUUCCAGAAGCUUUAAGUAUUUUUACAGUUACAUCAGAUAAUGAUCGUCAAUGUGAAACAUCUAUUAUUCUUACUUGGGCACCCAUUGAUCCUGUUACUGCACUUUCUUAUUUUGCUAGUGCAAGACUUAAUCAAGUUGCAAAUUCAUAUACUAUUCAAUUUGCUUCUCGUAUACUUUAUAUAACGAAACCCGAAGCACUUAUUUUAUAUAUUCCUCAAUUGGUACAAGCUGUUCGUUAUGAUGAAAUGGGUUUUGUACGUCGUUUAAUCUUAGCAUUGUCAGGAAAAUCAAAUUUAUUAGCACAUCAACUUAUUUGGAAUAUACGAACGAAUACAUAUAAAAAUGAAACGACACCAGAUAAUGAAAUGAAAGCGAAAAUAGAACCGAUAGCUCAACAAAUUGAAGCUAAUUUUAAACCUGAUGCAAAGAAAUUUUACGAACGUGUUUUUACAUUUUCUGAUAGAUUAACUAAAGUAUCGGAUACAAUUAAAUCAUUUCCAAAAGGAAAUGAUCGUAAACAAGAAAGUUUAAAAAUGAAAACUCUGAUACCACUCAUAACAAUAGUUAAUAGUAUAGAGCUUUUUUUACAUACUUCUUUAAUUUAUCAAUUUUAUUUUUUAUUAGCUUGUCUUAAAGCUUUACGUGAACUCGGUAGUGAAGUACCAACUGGUGUUUAUCUGCCGUCAAAUCCAGAAGCAAUUGUAAUUUCAUUAUUACCAGAAAGUGGAGCACCAAUGCAAAGUGCGGCUAAAGCACCAUAUCGAGCAACAUUUCGUGUUCAAACUGUUGGUAUUGAACAAGUUGAACGUUGUGCUGAUCCUGGCUAUGAAUUUAUGCAUGAUUUUAGCAACCAAUAUCCACAAAUGGCUAUUUUUAAAGUUGGUGAUGAUGUUCGACAAGAUAUUUUGGCUUUACAACUGAUGCGUUUAUUUCAUAAUAUAUUUGAACAAGAAGGAUUAGAAUUAUAUUUAUAUACAUAUCGAGUUAUUGCAACAAGUCCCGGUUGUGGUGUUAUUGAAUGUGUUCCAAAUUCUCGUUCACGUGAAGAUAUUGGUAGAAAUACAGAAGCUGGUUUAUUUGAUUAUUUUCGACAUGUUUAUGGCAAAGAUGAUUCAAUUAAAUUUCAAAAAGCACGUCGAAAUUUUGUAAUAAGUAUGGCUGCUUAUUCAGUAGCACUUUUUAUGUUACAAAUAAAAGAUCGUCAUAAUGGAAAUAUUAUGCUUGAUGAUGAAGGACACAUUAUUCAUAUUGAUUUUGGUUUUAUGUUUGAAUCAUCACCAGGUGGAAAUAUGAGAUUUGAACCAGAUAUUAAAUUAACUGCUGAAAUGAUUCUUAUUAUGGGUGAUUUAACAGCUCCAGCAUUUUUAUGGUUUAAAGAAUUAUGUAUUAAAGGUUAUUUGGCAUUGAGGCCUUAUCGCCAACAUUUUAUAACACUUGUUGCAUUAAUGCUAGAUACUGAAUUACCAUGUUUUCGUGGUCAUACAUUAGAACAAUUAAAUGCUCGUCUUAAACCUGAUUCAAGCGAAACUGAAGCAGCUCGUUAUAUGCAUGAAGUAAUUAAUCGUUGUGCACACAGUUUAAGAACACGUAUUUAUGAUUACAUUCAAUUUCAACAAAAUAAAAUUCCUUAUUAA